AUGAAAUCCGCAAGCAAGUUGUUCUUCCUCUCCGUGUUUGCUCUCUGGGCGACGCCGGGCGCAUGCUCUAGCUCGUCAAGUACCUGCACCUUUUCGCCAAACGCCAUCAUUGACGAUGGAUGCGUUUCGUAUGCCACGCUCGAUAGACUCAACGUCAAGGUGAAGCCUGCCAUAGACAACCUCGUUCAGACGACCGACUUCUUUUCGCACUACCGCAUGAACCUCUUCCACAAAAAAUGCCCCUUCUGGAACGACGAGGAUGGCAUGUGCGGCAACAUUGCAUGCGCCGUCGAGACACUGGACAACGAAGAAGACAUUCCCGAAAUCUGGAGGGCCCACGAGCUUAGCAAGCUGGAGGGCCCUCGAGCGAAGCAUCCCGGCAAGCAAGAGCAGAAGCGAUAUCCCGAUCGGCCGCUGCAGGGAGAGCUGGGAGAGAAUGUCGGGGAAAGCUGUGUGGUUGAAUACGAUGACGAGUGCGACGACAGAGAUUAUUGCGUCUGGGACGACGAAGGCGCAGCGUCCAAGGGAGACUAUAUCAGCUUGCUGCGCAACCCCGAGCGCUUCACUGGAUAUGGAGGGCAAAGCGCGAAGCAGGUCUGGGAUGCCAUCUACUUGGAGAAUUGCUUUAAGAAGAGCUCGUUUCCCAAGUCGGCCGAUCUGGGCGUCUCGCACCGCCCAACCGAGGCUGCUGCUCUGGACUUCAAGCAGGUCAUGGAUACCGCCGGCCGCCAGGCUCAACUGGAGCACCAACGGCAGAGCAACCCCAACAUCCCCUUUGUUGCCAACACUGGCUACGAGGUGGACGACGAGUGUCUGGAAAAGCGAGUCUUCUACCGGGUGGUGUCGGGAAUGCACGCCAGUAUCAGCGUACAUCUGUGCUGGGAUUUCUUGAACCAGAGCACGGGAGAAUGGCAGCCGAACCUGGAGUGCUACGAGAGCCGCUUGCACAAGUUCCCAGACCGCAUCAGCAACCUCUACUUCAACUACGCACUCGUGACUCGCGCCAUUGCGAAGCUAGGCCCUUACGUCCUUUCGCCGCAGUACACAUUUUGUACAGGGGACCCGUGGCAGGAUCAGGAGACCCGAGACAAGAUCGCUGCCGUCACGAAGCACGCGACUAGUGUUCCGCAAAUCUUUGACGAAAGUGUCAUGUUCGCUAACGGCGAAGGCCCUUCUCUCAAGGAAGACUUCCGCAACCGCUUCCGCAACAUCAGCCGGGUCAUGGACUGCGUCGGCUGCGACAAGUGCCGUCUCUGGGGCAAGAUCCAGACCAGCGGCUACGGCACGGCGCUGAAGAUCCUGUUCGAGUUCAACGAGGGCCAGAAGCCGCCGCCCCUCAAGAGGACCGAGCUGGUGGCCCUCUUCAACACGUAUGCCAGGCUCAGCUCGUCGGUGGCCGCCGUGCAACGAUUCCGGGCCAUGAUUGAAAUCCGCGACAAGAUGGCGUCCAAGCCGGACUUUAAGCCCGAGGAUCUCUACACGCUCAUCGACGAGGCUGACGAGGAUAUGGACGAGUUUAUCAGGAUGCAGAAUCGUGGGACCCACGGCGAUACCCUGGGCGAGCAGGUCGGAAACGAAUUCGCCCGCGUCAUGAUGGCUGUCAAGAUUGUGCUCAAGAGCUGGCUUCGAACACCCGAGAUGAUCUGGCGAAUUAUCUCAGAAGAGACGUCGAGAUUGUAUCGUUUCUGGGUCGGUCUGCCUACGCGACCCAGACGGUAUGCGUUCAGGCUGCCCAACUUGAAUAGAGACGAGUUGUGA